GGUACAUACCUGUAUUCUGGAGGCAUCAAUAUGGGUCAGCUGAACGAAACUGAUCAAGAGGAAAUGAAAAAAUACCUCGAAGAAUUAGACAAGUUUGAGGAUGCUCAACGUUCACUCUUCGUUGAAGACUAUCACUUUGGAGACGAACCAAACCAAGAGCAUGUGCCACCAAAACACUUAAGACCGUCGUUCUGCAAUAUCACUCACGUUUAUAUUGAUGGAUGUGAAGUGGUGCAAGGUAAAGUCUACAUCGAGCAGCUGUUCGUUCGCGAUCUUACGUCGGAAGAGCUGGAAGCAAUGGAAGUCUUUAUGCGCCAAGCAAAAGCCUAUUACAUGUAUCGCAAACGACUAUAUAGCGAAAAGGAUAGAUUCGAAGGAGACGACGGCGAGUCAAGUGAAAGCAUUUCGAAAGUGCCAAGACCGAAGAAUCCGAAAGUCUGCUUCAAUCUCUGA